GGGCAGCGCGAAGUUUGGUCUGCAGGCCUCCAAGUGGCAGAACCCCUUCGUCACUGGCGCGCAGGGCGACCGCCGGGGCGUGAUUCGGAAGUUCUGCGAGUAUUUACUCGAGAGCGCCACGCUCCUGGGGCAGCUCCACGAGCUGCGGGGCCAGGCGCUCCUGGCUUACGUGGAGCAGGAGGAGCCCGGCUGCGCCGGCGAUGGCCUGACGUCCGACGAGGUCGAGAGCGGCGCCUCUAAGCCCCGCGCGGGGUCAGGCUGGCUCGGCGCGGGGCCGCCCGUCUCGGUGGGCCGCGGCUCUGGGUACAGGGAACUUCAAGACGGCGGCGGUCUGUGCUCGCUGGGCCGUUGGGCGCCGGCUGACCGCGGGCCCCGGGCCGCCGGCAGGCUGUGCCUCGAGGCCCUCGACAGGGUCGUCGGCGAGGUGGAGUCCGAGCGCGGCGAGGGGCAUUGUCGCCGCCUCGUCUGCGCGCUUGCUUGCUCGCGGGUCGGGGCCGACCCCUUCGACGGCCUUGGGGCGCGCGUGAAGGCCUCUUUCAUGGAGAUCCUCGGCCGCGAAAGGGUCUUCAGGCGGGGCGGCGUCGCCGACGGCGCGGCCGCCGGCAUCGAUUUCGAGUUGAUCGGCGCGGUCGGCGCGCGCCUCGAGGAUCCGGGCGCGGCUGUCAUGGCCAAGUACCGCACGGGUGUUUCUCUUGGAUGGCGCGGGCGACUGCCCCGCGCGCCCAUUGUCUUCGAGGGGGAGACGCACUGGGCGCCGCGCGUCGUCCGCGAAGGCGAGUCCAGCGCGUGGCAUGGGAACUGCGUGUCCGCGACCCAGCGCCCGGACGUCAUGGCGGAGGGCGAGUUCCGGAUCAUCCACGAUGGCGCGCGCGGAGUCCGCGUCAACGCCUCCAUCGGCGUCCGGUGCCAGGAGGCGCCCCCCGCGGCGCGCGAUCUCGUCGCAGCGCGGGGGUGCGAGAUCGGCCGCCAGGGGCGUGCGCCAGGCGAUGAGGCUGGUCGUCGCAGGUGCGCUCUGUUCAUGCUCGCCCUGGACAUCCCGAAAGCGCGCCGCCGCGUUCCAGUUCGCCGGGGGGGUUGGGUUCUCCAGGCGCGUUCGAACCUUCGUCUUGGGCAGCUCCCCGGACUUCGCGAUCCCAUGAGGUUGAGCGCCGUCGGGACAUACGGGGUCGGUUGCGCCUCCUAUUGGUGGGGGCGGCUCGGCGCGCUGCUGCGCAGAAUCCUGCUGUGCGUCGUCGGGCCCGCAGGCUUGCUCUGGGCGCUGCGCUUCGCCGACGGUUCCAUCUGGCUCACUGGCGGCGCGCUGCGGCGCGCGGGGUGGACCUGGCACAUCUUCGACCUCGAGGCCUGCGUGGCCGGCAUCAGUGAUGGCCGCGGCAGGUGGGCGGCCGAGCGCUGCCGCCGAGUCGCUGGAGAGCGCGACAUUCUCGUGGGCGGGUUCCGUGAGGGGCUCGGGCGCCUCGGCUUCGUGGCAGCGCUGCUCUCGUGCACGAAACCAUUUUUGGGCCCUCUGUGCGCCUGGGCCGCGGCCGCGCCAGCAGACGCCAGGGUAGGCGUUCCGUCCGUGGUCAAGUGGGUAUUGACGUGGCUCGCGGAGGCCUUCGAGGCUGGCGUCCAG